GCAGGGAGACGGAGAUCGGCGGGAGGGCUGGGGGAAGGGACCCGGACUAGAACAACUGCUGACUAAUCCGCGGGCCGCGGGGAAUGGGUGGCGCGCCAGCCGGUCGGCCGGGGUCACGCGGCCGGGUGUGCGCGGAAUGGAUUCAGGGUUUCCCGAUCUCGCCCGGGAGCUAGAGUCCCGACUCCCCGCCUGGGUCCCCGACCGGCCUUUCGGGGUUGCUGGGCGCGCUCUGCAAAGGGGAAACUGAGGUCCAAGGAAAUUGAGUAUCUUUGCAAAGUCCCCAGCUGAGUUCGAACCAGACAGAUCCUGGGACCCCCUACUCUAUCCACCACCCGGAAGAAUCUUCGUCCUUGUCUUUCUGCCCUCCCGGCUUCCCAGUAAGCGCACAGCCCUAGGACCACCCUUGACCAUCCUCAACCAAGCUAUGCAUGCCAGGGGCCCCCAUGGCCCACUGUCCCCGGCGCUGCCUCUCGCCUCCUCAGUCCUGAUGCUGCUGAUGAGCAGCCUGUGGCUGGUGGGGGCCGGCCCCAGCUUGGUCCUGGCCCCGGAGCUGUUGCUGGACCCCUGGCAGGUGCACCGACUGCUGACCCAUGUCCUGGGCCACACGGCCCUGCCAGGCCUGCUUCUGAGCCUGCUGCUCCUGCCCACUCUGGGCUGGCAGCAGGAGUGCCACCUGGGCACAUUGAGAUUCCUGCAUGCCUCAGCUCUGCUCGCCCUGGCUUCUGGGCUGCUGGCAGUACUGCUGGCAGGCCUUGGGGUGUCCGGUGCAGCCGGCAGCUGUGGAUACAUGCCUGUCCACCUGGCCAUGCUGGCUGGGGAGGGACACCACCCUAGACGACCCCGUGGGGCACUGCCACCAUGGCUGCCACCAUGGCUGCUGCUUGUCUUGACCCCACUGCUCAGCUCUGAGCCACCCUUCCUGCAGCUCCUUUGUGGCCUCCUUGCUGGUCUGGCCUACGCAGCUGGGGCCUUCCGGUGGCUGGAACCCUCAGAGCGACGGCUGCAGGCACUGCAGGAGGGUGUUUUGUGCGGGACCUUGGCGGGGUGCUGGCCCCUGAGGCUCCUUCCCACCCCGGGCAGCCUGGCGGAGCUGCCUGUCACCCAUCCUGCCGGACUGAGGCCUCCCAUCCCUGGACCGCCUUAUGUAGCCUCCCCUGACCUCUGGUCCCACUGUGAAGGCUCAGCCCUGCCCCCACCAGGCCUGAGGCCUGUGCAGCCCACCUGGGAGGGCUCCUCAGAGGCCAGCCUGGACUGGGCUGGGGCCAGCUUCUCCCCAGGGACUCCGAUGUGGGCGGCCUUGGAUGAGCAGAUGCUGCAGGAGGGCAUCCAGGCCUCACUUCUUGACGGGCCAGCCCAGGGGCCCCAGAGCGCACCAUGGCUGUCCAAGUCCUCUGUCUCCUCUCUGCGGCUGCAGCAGCUGGAGCGCAUGGGCUUCCCCACGGAGCAGGCGGUGGUGGCACUGGCAGCCACAGGCCGCGUGGAGGGUGCCGUGUCACUGCUGGUUGGAGGACAAGUGGGCACUGAGACCCUGGUGACCCAGGGAAAGGGUGGGCCUGCCCACUCCGAGGGUCCUGGGCUUCCCUAGCCCAGGCAGAGAGUGGGGCACAGGCAGGCCCUUGGGUGCUAAGGGCUGGGCUGCAUGUGGGUAGCCCGAGCUCCUGCUCUGUCUACUGAGGACCACAGUGGGGAGCAGGGGCACCUCUGGAGGCAGGAGAGGCCAGCAUGCUGCCCUAGUAUGUGUUUAGAAUAAAAACCAGUUUGUUUUUCAACCUGGACCUCCUUGGAG